CAGAUUUGAUAUAAACGAAAUCUUCAGUCCCUACCCUAAUCACUAUGGAACUGGUUCAAAUCGGUUACUAGGGUAAAUUAAAUCAAUCGAAAUUUGUGUUCAAGGUCAUUUCUUUCAUAAAUAACCAUUAAACACUUGAUAGGGUAGUCGCUUCAAUAUCCUGUUUCAAUAAAAAUGAAUGAUAGUGAAAUUGAUAUCUUGAAAGCGGAAUUAGAACACGAGAAAGUAUGCAGAGAAACAGCAGCCUGGCAAAAUGGAGAGCUGGAAAAGCAGAUCGUCAACGUUCAAGAGGAGCUUCGCCAGGGCGACUACACCUGGGACCUUGAUAAUGACCUGCUAAAGGAGGGCAACAAGCACAAAACGCUUCUUGACGCCAUCGAGACACUGCGGGAACAACUACCCGCGCUUAAAAAUAAGAUUAAGAGUGCCAAAAUUUGUGGACCUGAUUGUAAGCUGAAACACGACGACCUAAACAUAAACUUGGACAUCUUGACUCCAGCCGAGUUGUUGCGUACUGUGAAGAGAUUUGAACGUUUAAAAACCGAUUUGAUCAGUACCCUUCGCAGUAAAGAGUGGCGAUUGGAUUCCGAAUCCAAGCUGUUCGUGAGGGUGAACGAUCAGCGGACUUACCUCCAGAAUGAGCUGAUGAUAUGCCAGAAUAACAUCAUGCGACUGCAGAGAAAUGGAUCCUAUUGGCAAAAUUCCCGGAAGAACGACGAGAGAGUUUUGGACCCAAAGCGGGGGCCAAUAAAGAAAGUGUUCGGGAAUGAGCGGCUACCGCCAAUUGCCACAUAACAGAUUUGAAGAUAUUAUUUUUAUUUCCUUGGCCAAAGAUUUGUGAGUAUCAAUCACGAAAUAUGUAUAACCAACCUGAAAAAUCAACUCGAAAAACACUUUAUAAAAAUGAACGUUAUUUCUUUUCGUCUUUUUCAAAUUAAGUCAAUUAUAGAUAUUUUGUAUUACCUCACUCCUCUCCAAUUGCUGAAAUUUCAAGAAAAAAUUUAAGGUGUAACUUUUAUUACCUUUCAAAAGUUAUCUAUAAUUAAAAUGUGAGUUUUUUUUAAGAUUGGUUUUUCACACUUGAUGAAUGUUGAAAGAUAGGUUUACUUACAAACUUGUGGUGUUCUUUCCUAAAUAUUUCUAUAUCACACAUGUAGGUAUCUACGUAGUUGAUGGAUAUUUAGAAAGCAGAUUUUUGCUCAAUUCCAAAUGUAGAAAGCUUUAUAGUUAUUCUUAGUUUGCUAUAUGGAAAGAUGUAGUCUCUGCCUACCCCUCCGGGAAAGAGGC